AUGAAGUCAACAUCAAUCAUCGCAUCGGCCUUGUUGGUCUGCUUGGCCUACCUGUCGACGGCCUCGGCGUUUGCUCCCAAGGCAUUGGUUACUCCCACGGCUACAAGGACAAUGACUCAAGUUUAUAUGGGUGUUUUUGAUGGAGAACAGGAGCGUCAACAAUUGACCCGUGACUCUGAACCAGAAGAGUUCUUCCAGACGAAUACUGACAAAAUGUCGGAUGGAGAAAAGCUACCCAUUGCCCUUGCAGGAGUUGCCUUCAUUGCCCUUCCCUUCAUUGCUGGUCUGAUUGCCCUGUACUCUGCCAGGUAA